AUGGACACCGUGUGUCUAAAACCAACAACCACUGUUUCAUCUCCCCUCGAGGUCGAAAACGAUGAGGAUAAUGGUGUCUGGGAAUCCUGUUCAGGAGACGAAGACAGUGGCGAGGAGGAAGAUUGGGAUGAUGAGAAAAUAGAGGAAGAAGACCAACGAAAUGACAAAGACGAUAAAUCGACGACGAAUUCUCGUCAAACGGAUGUAAAACAGUCGAAGAUUACAACUGAUUUAGAUGACGGUUGGUGGAUUGAUGUGCCACACUCGUCGGACGACGAACUAGUGGAGAAGGAAAAGAGAGUAGAUCCUGUGGAGCUGAAGUUGAAGGCACGUGAAAUCGCGUCAUCCCGAGUCUUCACACAGGAAGAGUUUUAA